AUGCGAUGUGGAUUCCGGCUCCUUUUCAUCGGCUUCUUCCUACUUGCGUCGAUUAAAUUGCUGUAUUUUCUAACGACCAGGGAUUUGAAAAUUAUGGAAAUUGACACAUUGGGUGGAAAAGCGGCAGGGAACAGCUUGAAAAAUGUGGCCGUUUUCCCGCAAUCAGGCGGCUCCACGAAAUUCGACCAACCCUGGCCUCUACCCGAAAAGCCAAUUAUCAAGCGGAUUGAGGAUCUGUACAAAUUGGGCGACUAUCUGUUGGUCGGAAAUUUUUCGUACAGUAAAGGUCUUGGAAACCUGAUGUUCCAAUAUGCGGCUAUGGUCGGAUUGGCCCAAGAAACCCACGCUAUUUUUCCGAUCUCGAGUGACAAUCUACUCCGCAGAGCCUUUGAUUUGAAUGCAAUCCUAGUAACCCCGGAGCUCCACGACAAUCUGCUCAAACUGGCCGAGGGUACGGUCCUCGAGUCCUGCUGCUCCUACAAAGCGCUCGAUCUCGGCUUCACCGUCUUCAGGAGCGUCAAGAAAGUGGAGGGCUAUUUUCAGAAUUUUCGCUGGUUCUACCCCGGAGAGGCGAGCAAGCUCGUCAGGGACGAGUUUCAAUUCUUGCCGAAAAUACAGGAAUUGGCUUCCGAACACCUUGAACACGCCAAAGCUAGAUGGAGGCUCGGCCGGGCCGAAGCUGCAAAUCGGGACAAAGAAAAUGCCGAAAACGACUACAAACUACGAUUUUCGACGGAAACGGCCGAUCCGGUUACGGUAGCUGUUCACGUGCGACGGGGCCUGGAUUUGACGAUGCAUUCGAGAAACCUGAAGCAUGGCCACGUCGCGGCUCCGGCGGACUACUACGAACGGGCGAUGUACGAGUUCCAACGUCAGUACCCAAAUCCCCUAUUCAUCGUCUCGAGCGACGACGUCGGCUGGGCGAUGAAGAAUUUAAAGGCCCGGAAUUCAGGCGAAAUCUACUACCUGCCGAGGGGGACGGAAAGAGAAGUAGCCAUGGCGACGAUGUCGAUUUGUGAUCACUUGAUCGCGUCGACCGGCACGUUCAGCUGGUGGACAGCAUUUCUGGCGGAUGAUGAGCGGAAUCAGAUAAUCUACUACAAAGAUUGGCCCCGCCCCCUCACCGACCUCGACCGCAUGGUCAACAAGUCCGAAUAUUUCCUCCCCCGAUGGCGUGGGUUG